AUGUGUCGAUUCCCGCUUCUACAGCGAUAUGCCCGCAACCUCGUGGGCAUCUACGACCCACACAUACGGGCCGCCAUCUUCCACGAAUGUCUGGCCUGGACUCAUGAUCUGAGAGACCUUCCUGAUCCCGAGCUCCUCGCCACAGCGGCUCCCAGCCGUUUGGGCUUCCUGCCUCGUGGUGAAUACCUCCUUCAGCAAGUCUACGGCUUCACCUGGUGUCCGUCCGACAACACCAAACUUUGUCAUGAAUGCGUGCACGGGAGCUGCAGUGCCGGCAUGUUGGCCCGCUUCCCAAAUUAUCUUCACUUCCUCGGCGAAUUGGCCUGGCAGGUUUACAUGGCGCGGUAUCAGACCGGGCUGUUGCUGGACAAAUUGAUGCCUCCGCGCAAGGACAGUCCCGGUGUCGGGGUGGAUCCGUACGGCGAUGCGGUGCUCAAUGCCAUGAAUCCCAUGUUGAAGGCAGAGUGUUGUCCGAGAUGCCGGGGUUACGAUGCGAUGACCUGGCAGGAGCGGAAGUAUACGGGCUGCAGCUGCAUGAACAUCAUCAAUGCGUAUAUGAUCCCCACCUCGCCCGAUCGGCUGUGGUGGUUGGCGGACCCGACGGCCGAGUGUACUGGGCCUCAGGAGGAGUGGUCGGCACUGCUCUGCUAG